CAAGUUGCAACACACUAACGACAAAGACAGAACGACAACCAAAUUUCUGUUCUUAUUUUUAAUAUGGUUCAAUAAUCACUAAAUAACCAUUGGAUGUGUCGCCUAACCACCUAAAACACCCAUUUUACGAUCCCCAACAUCUCCGACAUGGCGAUAACCCCAAGCCUGAGGCGCGAUGCCGGCCCUCAACCAGUUACGCAACGAGCGCAACCUUUGCCGAGACCUGCUGCACCGAUACCCCGAAUAAACCCUUCCAGCCUCGAAUACAAGCGAGCCGCUAGGAAAUAUAGGAACCUCAUGAUUUCUCUACCCAUAUUCCUAGUCACUUCAUGGUUUCUGUUCGACCGACUUGUUUUAGGUCAUGAGCCGAAGAAGCUACCUAGUAAGAGAACCACGUUGGAAAUGUCGAUUACAGAGCAGACGAAGGAUUGAAGAACUCUGGCUCUUGCUUUAGGUACCAUCCACCCAGACAUCGGCAUUGUCAUAUUUA